GGCCGAGGCGGCGGCACAUUGCUUCGAUGCGGCAGAAUGGGUUCCAAGUGCCCUUCGACCUCUUCCAAGUGACGGCAUGGAUCUUCUUCCCGAUACUGGUGGGGGGCUUCUAUGCAUUCUUCGUACCUUUCCUAGCCCACCACGCGGCACUUGCCACAGGGAUUAUUUACGGCUUCAACGGCGUUGUCAUCGUUGGACUCGCGGCGAUCACGACGUCCAUCAACCCCGCAGACCGCAACGUGCUGCACCAUGUGGACCUCCAACCGGCCCAAGUCACGGCAGAUCAUCUCUACUGCAACGUGUGCACGAGUUACGUGGACAAGAAGUCCCGCCAUUGCCGCAUAUGUGAAAAGUGUGUUGCAACAUUCGACCACCACUGCAAAUGGCUCAACAACUGCAUUGGCGAACACAACUAUCGCUUUUUCUUCAGUCUCAUCGUCGCCAUCUUCACCUUCACAACCUUGCAACUCGCCAUGGGCAUCUACCUCUUCGUCCAAUGCUUCAAUGACCCUGCUUCCAUCCUCAUUCAAGGCGCUUCCACAUAUGGGUGCUCGGGCAGUGCGCUUGUCAACCAACGGGGAUUCUGUGAGAGCGCAGUCUUUCCGCUCGUGGCGAUCAAGGUCAUCCUUGCGAUCUAUUUGGCGAUUCUCGUGCCUUCAUUCUAUCCCAUCGGCCAGCUCGUAUACUUCCACAUCAAGUUGUAUUUCCUGCAAACCACUACAUACGACUACAUCAUCCAUCAACGCCGCCGUCAAUUGCAUCCAGAGGAAGGCGGUGACGACCACUUUGCGGGGUGCCAUGGCUGUCGCACCGCGCCGACGCAACCUGCCCCAAUUCCGUCCCCAGUCGUACCAAAAUUUACAUCAACGCCGACGCUGACAGGAUUUGGACGCCCGUCUUCGGCGCACGUCCACGUACAAGAUGCAUCGUCCCAUGAAACCAAGAGCCCUGUGAGUCCGUCGCAACGUGAAGAAAUGACUUACGAGCCGAUCGAGACGCCCAAUCAUCACGGCAACAAAAAAUCACAGCAGCAGAAGGCGUUCUUUGUAUAAUAUAGAUAUACUCAUUCGACCGUGUUGGUUUGCGCCAACGACAAGCGACCGGCGUUGUCGUCCGAGGAGAGGACCACGUGCACCUGAGACACGACUCCCCUCACUUGGGGCUUGAAUUGCGCUUGAUGGUUCGAUUGGGGAUGCUCAGCAUGCACAGAAUACACUGGCGCGAUCGCCGUCCACGUCCCCAUGUUGUACUCGUGUUCUCCCAACGUCGCACUUUCGUGAGGUCCAAUCGCAACGGUCUGUCGGAUCAUAGCAUUGCCUUCCGCGACUUGCCCGUCACUUCCAAAGACUCCGGUCACGUGAAGGGUGUGGUCCGAGUCGUUGCGCACGACGACUUGCUUGGCGUACGACGGGGGGGCGACCAUCUGGCUUGCCGUUGAGAUCGAAAUCGAG